AUGACAGGAUAUGUUCCAGCCAAAGCAUCUUUUACCCCCAAGGAGACCUGGACGCACGACUUCUGUGUCUUGGCCAGACAAGAUGAAAAUGUUACUCCCUCUAGGGCCAGGCUUAAUAAACUUUUAGAUGCUGGUCUUGGAAAGGCACGACUUGCAGUUCAAAAGAAUGCAAGCCACAAAGAACUAAGUACAGCUCUGGAAAAUCAUUUUCCAAAGCUAAAUGAAGCUGGGGGGUUCGAAUUUCUCCGUGCUGAUGGAGGAGGAGGUGGACAGAGACAAUUGUCUCUAGUCUAUCCUAGUGCCUUCGGGUAUACAGUGCCACAUUUGCGGGAGCGCUUUGGUCAGGCUGUGGCCUACAUCCGCCCUCUCCAGACAGAUUUAGAUGAGAGUCCAUUGAAACAAGAGGUAAUUAACACUCGUGCAGUCCAGGCAAAUGCUUAAUAUUUAGCCAUUACUCUUAGUAGCACCACAGAAAAAUGUGUUCUUGUUUCACCUUUUACUAAGGGCCCAGUGUAAUUAACUUUUUUUUUUUCUUGUUUGACCAUAAAAUGUACAGCAAAUGAAAAUAAAAUGAAACAUCCUUUUGUAGGUUGGACUUACCCCAAAGGUAGAUUGUGUGAAUUGUGGACUCUCUAUUCCCAUGGCAAUGGUUAGAGACCACCAACAGGAAUGCAGAGGUGGAUCCUCAAGGUAAACUAAACUCAUAUUGCAUCCUGGACAUAUUAAUGUUAGAGUCAGAUAAUGACCAGAAUGUGUGGAUACACCUAUAUCUUGAACAUAUAAUGUUAUGCAUUUCUAUUGUAUGCUGUGGUGUUUAAACAGUGUUAUUUUUCAUUAACAGUUUCCUUUGAGUUAUGUUGGUAAAUAUUUUUUCCCAAGUAGUUUAACAUUUGACAGUUGGUGGUUAGCACAUUACAUGGUUUUUGCAAUCAAGAGUGAAAAUAACAGUUACACAAUGUUGUUGUAAGUUACAUGUAACAAAACGAAAUGUACAGAGUUCAAUAGUCAAAAGAGGUUUUGUUUUUCAGAGGUGUAGUUGACAGAGAUGAUGGACCACAAGUAAGUGCUUUUGCCAACGUUUUUGGGGUAAUCUCUGAGACCUUUACAAUGAACCAUGCAUUUUGAAUGAUUUAUUAAUGUAUUAUGUUAAUGCAGUUUAUAGCCAAGGGGAUAUCAAAAUGCAAUUGUAAUUAUUAUAAUGUGCUAAAUUUCUAAUAAAUCUAUUGUACUUGUAGGUUGAAGAUUUGCAGGAAUGUGAAGCCAAAGUGCAACAACAAGAUGCACAAGGGUAAAUGCUGUUAAGAAAACAUAAUUCGUAAAUUAUGUUUUUAAAAUGAUUUUGCUGUAAGGUUCCAUUUCAGAAUGGCUCUAUAAAAUUGCAGGAAAAAAACAUCCUCUUCAUUAAUUGCAAACAAAAAAUAUUCAUGUAAGUAAAUUUGUCAAACUGCAAACCACUUGGUCCAGUGAAUGUGUAGUGUCAAUCGUCAAAACGAAAAUCUCCAAUGCAAGUGCAUCGCUGCAAACCCAAAUUCACCUUCAUUUGAUUUUCAAACAGCACUUUGAUUCUAAUAAUUUAUAGGAUGUUUAAUUUUUUAUUUACAAUGCCUACCAGGAGAAAUGUGUAUAAUAUAAACAUAUAGCUGUCCUGCUUUGAUAGGCAGCACUGACAAUUUUUAUUAGACACAAAAUAAGAACUGCAUGCAGUUGUGCAUAAUAGCACUUGAGUACUCAAGAUAUUUGUUUGACUACACUUUACAUGGCAUGUAACUUGUAUUUUCAGCAAAGUCACUUCAACGGGUACAUGUACCACCUCAAGAAAGGUAAGUCUGAUUGUCAUUGGAGAUAAACCAACAACUAUACCCCAAAAUAGUCAUAACUCAUUGUAACCAUCAUCAUUAUCAUCGUAACAAUAAUGAACAAUAAAUUUCAAAAACACAUCCUGUUGAUAGUCUGGGUACCCUUAUUCAAUCACUCAUUAGGUUUUCACUAAGUACUUUCUCUGGGUAUGUCUUUUUCUGAAAAGGCUUGCCAAUAACAAAUAUUAAUAUGUCGCCAUGGAGCAAGCACAUCAUCUAUUCCCUUCAUGGAUUUGGACUAAUCUCUGACUUUAUGUAGGAGCCCUGGAUGGUAUUGAAUGAAGUGUUCCCAGUACAUGACUUAGAGCAGUGCAAACAAGCCUGGGAGUCCUCUGGAGGGGAUAUGAGCAGGGCAGUGGCAAAGUUGGGUGGCUGGAUUGAUGAAGGUAUUAAUUGCAAAUUCGGGGUUCUAAAGAAAGUUUAAUGCACAUCUAGACGAUUAUUAAUUGUUUAAGAGUCUUUCAUUUAACUACUUGUAACCCAUCUAAGUAGACUUAGUCACAGAUGGUGUAAGUGUUGACUUUGUCAACUAUACCUUGAUAGUUUUAACCUUGAAACUCCAAACUUUGUGCUUUUUCAUAUGACUUGACUUAAGAGGCUGUAGCUAGUUAAUUACCAUUGGGAAUGAAACUCAGUAUUGUGGUUGACUUGUAACACACUAUAGGUUUUUUUACCUACUAGAUAGGGACCAGACAGUGACUCGGUCAGCUAGAAAUAGUGGUUUUUGCCAAACUCUUUAGGGGAAAAUGAAAUUAGGGGAAAGCUUUAAGCUGCCAUUACACGUUGAAAGUAGUGUUACACAGUGAAACUCUUGUUUUUUCACCACUACAAUUGUUGCGAGCCAUUGCAGAAGUAGAAAGCGGUUCUACUUUUCAUGAAACUUGUCUCGCAACGGAAGUUCGAAAAAAGUUUCAUGAAACCAACUAUGUUACAUGGUGCAACGCCUGCUGAAGCUUUAUUCGCAGCGCUGUUGCACACAAGUUUCAGCUAACAGUUUCACCGUGUAACAGCAGCUUUAGGAGUAUUUCUCAUAUUUUCUCCUCUUUUCCCUUCAGAUAGCCUAGAAGGUGACAAAGAGCUUCCAAUCAUUACAGAGAUUUUGGAGGAGAAGCAAAAUGGUUAUUAUCAAAUGUUUACUUUGAUUUUUUUCCCAAUCUCUGACUCUAGAAAUACAUGUAGCAAUGCCCUUUUCCAGUAGGGUCAAAAGAGAUUCUGAGGGGAGGGAUAACCAGGCAUUUUUAGUAGAAAAUGUUUUUUUGGGGGGGUGGUUGCUGGGAUUGGUACCAAAAGAAACUCCAUGGGUAGAUCUCUUCUGCAACAACUCAAUGGUUAAAAAACCGCGAGUCGAACCAAGAGCUGCCCUUAGCAGAAUUUAUGAGAAACUGUGAGCAGGGCAGGCAAUAGUUAAAACAUCAUAUUUUUUAUUGCUUGUUGAACAGGAUGUGAACAGGAAACCAUAUGCAGCAAAGAUAUGAGUGCAGCUGAGAUCUUCAAUUCUUAUCGUAAUGAAGUGGUUGCCCACCAAUGCGGCACUCAGUUUAUUUCAGUAAACAGGAUGCAAAUAUCACUACUUAUGCAACUGAUGCGCAUUUAUAAAGAUCCAAGACUAGAUCUGACUAAACCACUUAAUGUGAACUUUGUUGGUGAACAUGGGGCUGAUGUUGGUGGACCAACAAAAGAGUAUUUCCACGAGGCAAUAUCAAUCUUGAGUAAGGUGGACACUCUUUACAAUAUUCAGCUGUUUGGUGGGCAAGGAGGCCAUUUACUUCCCUUGUAUGGGGUUGAUGCCAUCUCUUCAGGUUGCUUCGAAAUGGCUGGCAAGCUUAUUGCCCAUAGUGUACUUCAUGGAGGGCCUGGGAUGGCAGGAUUGAGCCCAGUUGUGAUUAAAUACUUAGUCACAGGAUCAAUCGACGAGGCUAAGGAGCUUGUCUCAAUAGAUGACCUGUAUGACCCAGAGUUGCAAGAAAUUCUACAAUCAGAGGUAUGAAAUCAGUUGUGUAUAGAGUAUUAUUGCAAGUAGCAUGCAGUUUAAUAGGUACAUGUAGUAUGCUGUAUAUUUUGGUAUUUAAAUGUUUGUUUUCUAAUCAUUACUUAACUCUUUAUUCUUUUACAUGCUCAUGAAAAUUUCCUUUUGAUUCCUGGGGAAAGCUAGUCGGUGUACAAAAGCAAAAACUUGCUAAAUAAAAGAGUUGGAUCUUUUCUGGUAUGACACACAUCUCACACUUUUGCCUUAUGUUUCCACUUAUAACACAGUUCAAAGAUGAAACAAAAAUAGAGGACAUUGACAGCAAUCUCAAAGGAAAACUGGAGGAUAUGUUAGUGAAACAUGGCUUGACAGAUGUUGUGCCUCUCACAGAUGUAAACAAAGACAAAGCCAUCAAGGAUCUACUGAUAGCUGAAGUAUUAAUAACAAGGACUCUCGCUUUGGAUUCAUUUUUUAAAGGGCUGAAUGUGCAUGGCUUAGGGGAUUUGCUCCGCAAACGCCCAGGAGUGGUAAGUUAUGUGUUACCCACUAAGGAGGAAGCAGCAGUAGAUGUGGAAUUAUUCAAGGGGAAAUUGGUAUUCUGUGAUGAAGACCUAAAUGAUGAUGAAGCGCAAACGAUGACAUGGCUCCUACAGUUUGUCGAAGAGGCUUCUCAAAUGAAAGGUGAAUGUGGAAUUUUGCUGCCAUUGAAAUUAUAUAUUACACUUAAAUUUAGGUAG